AUGAUCCUUCAUAAAUUGCUAUUGUUGCUAAAUUUGGACUGGAAUCCUGACAACACAGCCCAGGAUUUGGACUUCAGGGCAUUGCCUGGAUAUUUCAAAGGGUACACUGUCCAGGACACUCCUGACACCAAAAUCAAUGCUACCAUCUUUGACUUUUUGGCAUUAGAUGAUAGAUUUAGCAAUUGGCAACAGAUGUACCAAGCCAUCCCAAAUGAUACCGAAACUCAUUCGUACAAGCUGGUUAUUCUGGCUAGACACGGCCAGGGUUAUCAUAAUAUCGGGUAUGAUAGGUAUGGUGAAAAGGCUUGGUAUGAUUAUUGGGCAAGGUUAGACGGUGACCAGUACGGUAAUUGGUUUGAUUCUGAAUUGACACCAUUAGGUAAGAAACAAGCCCUAGAGGCUGGCCAAACAUAUUUGACAAACUUGACUGACGGUCUGCAACGCUUACCAGAUAAGUUUUUCGUUUCACCAUUAAGACGAUGCCUAGACACAUGCAUCAGAGAGUGGGAACCAAUAUUUGCUAAGCACAAGCCAGCAAAUUCCACUGUUCAUGUCAAAGUCAUUGAGUAUUUAAGAGAAACCCUUGGUAUAGAUAAGUCAAACGAACGUGUAGAUCAUUCACAGGCUCUAGCAGAAUACCAGGAUCACAAAUAUAACACCAGCGAUGUUACUGUUCAUUUUGAUUAUCCAGAUGACUAUGCAGAAAAAGAUCAAUUAUGGCAACCAGAACAUUUGGAAACCUAUCCUGAAUUGGAUAGAAGAAUCAAAGUAGGAUUACGUGAGGUUUUCUCCAGUGUUAAUGCCACUGAUAGAGUUCUUUCAUUGACAGUUCACUCUGAUGUCAUUGAAAGUAUCCUGAGAAAUAUAAAACACCCAGCAUUAGUCGGUUUGCAAACGGGCAAAGUAAUUUACACAGUGGUGGAAACAACCAAAAAACCUGCGGAUGAUCAAUCAAUUCUCGUAGUAUCUUAA